GUGUAAGUAGACAUUCUUUGCGUAGAGAAAUUGUAGCACUGACUCGUGUCUGAAUACACACCAGGAAAAGGGUGACAUUUAUUUUGAAAGGCGUCUCACCGGAAGUGCCGUGUGGAUCGGAGGGACUCGCUUUGACUAAAACGGGUGCGAGACGGCGGCGGCGGGCGGAAGAAGAUGGCCGGUUAUCCCGCUCUCGUAAAAGUCCGAACGCUUGCGAAGUUUGCCGUGCUGAGCUCGGCGCUGCUGGCGGCGGCGCUGCUGCUGGCGGCCACGAUCCGGACCCUGACGCUGGAUGUCAGCGCCGGCCUUCACAUCGCCAAAUGGGAGAAGAUCGUCUACGUCCCCUCUGACAUCAGCGGACCGCAGAGAGAGCACCUCCUGGCCAAUCUGAAAGCGGCGAUCCAGAUUCCCACCGUGUCCUUUUCGGACUACGAGCAGAACGUGACAGCGCUGGAGGAGUUCGGCCGCCUGCUGAGAAGAGCUUUUCCCACAGUGUUCUCCAGUUCCCGGGUGCGCUAUGAGGUGGUGUCCAACUACAGCCACUUGUUCUGGGUGCCGGGCUCAGAUCCCUCCCUGGAGCCCUACAUGCUUCUCGCUCACAUCGACGUGGUACCGGCGUUUGAGGCCGAUGGCUGGGAUGCCCCGCCGUUCUCCGGCAGGGAGGUGGAUGGGUUCAUCUACGGCCGAGGGACCAUAGACAACAAGCAGUCUGUCAUGGGUAUUCUGCAAGCACUGGAGUUCUUGCUGGAGCGAGGCUAUGCCCCCAGACGUGGUUUUUACAUUGGACUGGGUCAUGACGAAGAGAUAAAUGGCCAUUUUGGAGCUGCGAAUAUUGUGAAGUUGCUGCAGUCGCGUGGCGUGAGCCUGGCCUUUGUCCUGGAUGAAGGCUCUGCCAUCCUGGAUGGAGUCAUUCAUGGCUUGGAGUCCCCAGUAGCAAUGAUUGCAGUCACCGAGAAAGGGAUGGCUUCAGUGAAACUCAGUGUCACCACCCUGCCUGGUCACUCCUCUAUGCCUCCCGCAGAGACUAGCAUUGGCAUCCUCGCAAGUGCAGUCACCAGGUUGGAGAAGAACCCACUGCCUCUACUGUUUGGGCAUGGUCCAGAGCGUGACAUGUUUGAGCAUCUAGCCCACAAGUUUGAGUUCCCGCUGAAGUUUGUCAUGUCCAACUUGUGGCUUUUUGGUCCUCUUCUUGUAAGGGUGAUGCAAAGAAGACCCGACAGCAAUGCUUUAGUGCGUACAACCACAGCUGUGACCAAGUUCAAUGCAGGAGUAAAGAUUAAUGUCAUGCCUCCGUAUGCCGAAGCAUUUGUGAAUCUGCGAAUUCACCCGGCGCAGACAGUUGAAGAGGUUCUGGAACUCAUCAGAUUGACUGUGAAUGAUGAGCGGGUGAAGAUUGAGUUGGACAGGGGAUUUGACCCGUUGCCUGUUAGCUCCUUUGAUGACAAGUCAUUUGGUUACCAGAUCGUCAAGAAAACACUACUGGAUAUGUUCCCUCAAAUUUCUGUAGCCCCCGGAGUGUGUGUUGGAAACACGGACAGCCGUCACUACAACAGCCUGACCAAAGACAUUUACCGGUUUACUCCUACUUGGUUUAAGCCAGGUGACGAAAAGAGGUUCCACGGUGUGAACGAGAGAAUUUCCAUGAGGAACUAUGAGGAGAUCGUGCACUUCUACUUCCAGCUGUUCCAAAACUGUGACACACGGAAGCUUCCAGAGUCUCACAGUGCUCAACAUGACCUAUGAGGGGCAGCACUGUCCCAGUUUAGCGACGCCAGAGCUGUCAAACCUCAAAGUCGUGAGUUGCAUCCACUAGCCAGUCUGAAGCAGGGGGUGAAGAGUGACACUUGCACUGCCUCUGUUCCUCGGCUGCUAUAUGUGUAACAUAUUGUGAGCUUGUGGCUGAUGAAGGAACUUUUUGGCGUUUCUUCAUUACCAGGGCAAAUUAAUGAUGACUGCUUGCUACCUUUUGGACCCAUCAGGAGGACUCUCCUGUAGAUCACUGCUGGGUUAUGAUUUUGUUUGUUUUUCCCUCUUCACAUUUGUGAUUAGCAUUUCCUCUUUGUAGUAAUUUUUCACAGUUUGGUGUUUUAUUUUCUCCCAUAGAAGGUCCACAGCCCCCACGUUAUUCAGCUGAAGUUUGUAAAUGAAGCCCUUUUCAUUUGGGGAACCCUCAGGCUACAAGCAUCCAAUCAGUGCAAUGUGUAACGUUCUAAAUUCUUACAAUAUUUUAUAGUCUGCUUUUUUUUUUUUUUUUUAAACUAAUGUAACACUUUUCAGAGUUUUGACCUAAUAUUUUUUAAUGUCAAGAAAUGGAAUCCGUUUAGAAUAUGGCACUAAUAAACUUGUUUA